AUGUGGGUAGCAGUGGGCAUGCUCUGGCUCCUGGCCCUUGGGGGGCCCUACCAAGCCUGGGGUUCCUGCCCCUCUCAAUGCAGCUGCAGCCUUCACCUCCUGGGCGAUGGCAGUAAGGCCAGGACAGUGAUUUGCAGUGACCCUGAUAUGACCCUGCCUCCAGCAUUUGUCCCUCCAGACACCUGCAGGCUGUGCCUAGAGAGGACAGCCAUCCGCAGGGUGCCAGGGGAGGCCUUCAGGUCUUUGGCCCGCCUGGAGCAGCUGUGGCUGCCCUUCAAUGCCCUCAGUGAGCUCAGUGUGCUCAUGCUGCGAGGCUUGCAUCGCCUUCGGGAGCUGCGGCUGCCUGGGAACCGCCUGGUCACCUUCCCCUGGGCUGCACUCAGGGACGUCCCACAGAUGCGGUUGCUGGACCUGCAGGCCAACCGCCUCUCUGUGGUGCCACCUGAGGCUGCUCGCUUCCUAGGAAACCUCACCUUCUUGGACCUCUCCAGUAACCAGCUGAUGAGGCUCCCGCAGGAGCUGCUGCUCACCUGGGCUCACUUGAAGACAGGCUCCUUCCCUCCAGGCCACCACACCAGGCUGGUCCUAGGUCUACAGGACAACCCUUGGGUAUGUGACUGCCGACUCUAUGAACUGGUCCAUCUUCUGGAUGGCUGGGUCCCAAACUUAGUCUUCAUUGAAGCCAGACUGAAGUGUGGCAACCCACGUAGCCUGGCUGGAGUGGCCUUCAGCCAGCUGGAGCUCCGGAAAUGUCAGGGCCCGGAGCUGCAUCCAGGGGUGACCAGCAUCAUAUCCCCUGUGGGUAGCACGGUAUUGCUGCGGUGUGGAGCCACGGGGGUCCCUGGGCCCGAGAUGAGUUGGCGGAGAGCCAAUGGGCACCCACUCAAUGGCACAGUGCACCAGGAAGUCUCCAGCGAUGGCUCCAGCUGGUCUCUGCUGGAGCUGCCUGCCGUGACUCGCCUAGAUUCCGGUGACUAUAUCUGCCAGGCCCAGAACUUCCUGGGAGCCUCGGAGACUCUCAUCUCCCUGCUAGUCACGGAGCCCCAGACUUCCACGGAGCACAGUGGGGUUCCGGAGGCCCUGCUGGCCAGGAUGGGGGAGGGGAUGGAAGCCGCAGCUUACAACAACAAGCUGGUGGCCAGGCACGUCCCCCGUGUCCCCGAGCCCGCAGCCCCUCGGCCCUCUGUGCCCAGCCUGAAGGAAGCACUGACCCUGCAACACCUGCAGAUGGGUGCCACCGGCCGGCAGGAGGAGCCUCCGGAGGCACAGAUGGUGAGGUCUCUGAAGGUGGUGGGGGACACUUACCACAGUGUGUCCUUGGUGUGGAAGGCCCCCCAGGCAUGGAACGCCACCGCCCUCAGCGUCCUCUACGCGGUGUUCGGGCAGCGGGACAUGCGCCGGGUGCUGGUGCCACCAGGGAAGACCCGCGUCACCCUCGAGGGCCUGGCGCCCAAGACCAAGUACGUGGCGUGCGUGUGCGCGCGGGGCCUGGCGCCCCGCAGGGAGCAAUGCGUGGUCUUCUCCACCGACGAGGUGGUGGACGCCGAGGGCACCCAGCGGCUCAUCAACGUGGUGGUGAUCAGCGUAGCCGCCAUCAUCGCACUGCCUCCGACGCUGCUGGUGUGCUGUGGGGCGCUCCGCAGGCGCUGCCGCAAGUGCCGCGCUCGGGGCUCGGCGGAGGCCGCUGGGGCCUAUGUCCACCUGGAGAGGCUGCGCCACAGCCAGGACGGCUCCGAACUGCUGUCCCGGAGCAGCCUUGGGGAGGGGGACAGGCUCCUCUCGGCCCGCUCCAGCCUGGACUCCCAGGCCUUGGGGGCCAGGGGUGGCCGGCGCAUCAAUGAAUACUUCUGCUGA